AUGUUACCGGCUGUGGCAGCCGCAGCAACAAUUUUAGCCGAAUUAUACAUUUUGGACUGGCAUGAUUCAAUUAAGUGCAUCGAACAACGCGUUAAACGCGUAAAAACAUCAACUGAAGAACCAAUGAAUAUAGAAAACAAUCAGCAAUUACCUCAUACAACGUCAUCAACAGUCGUUCUAACCCCACUUCAUGCUGAUCAUCUCCAUGUUCGGGCAUCCUCUUCGAUAGUCAAUAUUCCAGUACAAUCAUCAUUACAGUCACAAUCAUCAACGUUUCCAGUCACAACACUGUCGUCAAAACCAGUUGAAAGCGUUACGGCAGAUCGAGCCACUCUAACGACAGCAUCAGAUACAUCAACAAGAAAACGAGAAUUCUCAAUUAAAAAUCUAGACGAAACUGAAAAUGAUGUAGGACAGGAAAAAGGUAAUAACGAUGUAUCCAUCCAUCAAACAAUAUCCAAAAAUCCGUCGUAUAUCUUUGAACAUAAAAAGUCACAAAUUAGCAAUGCACUACUCCUACUAAACUCAGACGAGCAACAGCCAGAAACACCUAUAAUAAGCGUUAGUCUUGAAUAUCCACCAUCUUCUCCGAAAUGUGUUAACCUUAAAAAUGAUUCCGUUGAUGUAUUAGUGAAGGAUAUUAAUAGUACAAAUAACUUGAUGAAAAAAUUCUCAUUAGAACAGCUGCUGACUACACAAGAAUCAAAAAUUAAACAGAAUACGUCUACUGAUGAUAAUAAUUUCAAAAGGAAUUUUCAUAAUAUCUCAGUUAUUUAUGAUAUACUUCAAGAAGUGAAAAAGAAAUCAACGCCCUCAAAUGAUAAUUCAAAGUCCUGUUAUGUUCCAAUCGAUGAAAUGUCGCCAUUGAUGGCAACCGUAUCUUCAAAGAGUAAAGGGACAGUGUGUUUGUCUGAUUUUACCCGAAAAAUCAAUGCCCAUGAUAAACCAUUGAAACUAGCUAAAGAUCAUUCUACAUCUCAUACAAUUAAGCCUCUACAUGCUGAUGGCGAUCAUCUAUCCGUGUCUUAUCAACAACCAUUUAUCAUAACAGUGAUAAAUGAUAAUUACGAACGGAAUACAAACGCCAUGAAACGAUUGUGCGUCAACGCUAACGAUCCAACUAUAGACGAUAUUAAUGCAAAAUAUCGUUUAUUAAUCGAAAAAACACUAGAUUGCUGUGUUGAUCAACUAAUGGAUCUCAUGGAUUGUGACACAAAGUGUGAUUGUAUAUCGAAUAAUGCACCAGUUGACACGCAUUUUGUUGAACAUGAAACAUUUCAAAAAAAACAAAAUCGAUUUGUUAGGUGUCAAGCAAAAAAGGAAGGCGUUAAUUGUCAAAACUGUACUGCUGAAUUAGUUGUGCCGUUAUAUCCAAUCAAUACGAAUCAUGGUCGAGAUGUUGAAGUAACAAAUCAGUUAAGAGACGCACGUCGAUUACGACUUGGCCAAACGUUAUUAUUUUCAAAUCGUCGUCUAGUUAUUGAUGAAUUAAUUGUAUUAAGUUUUCUUAAAAUUGAUGAUAAAUACUUGACAACAAUUCGAUUUGGUUUAACAACAAUGGAUCCAAGAUCAAUGAAACAAACAGAUAUUCCUUCUCGUAUUCCAGAUCGUAGUAAAGAUUACGAUUGGUAUUCAUCACAAAAUAUUGACUUUCAAACGUCGCGAGUUAAUCCAGGUGCGAAUGUAAAAUUAACGUUAACAAGACAUGGUAAUUUGCUAUUUGAAUUUGGUAAUAAUCAAACUUCUAUUAUUGAAAACAUUGAUAUAAAUGAUAGUGAAUAUUGGUUAUGUAUUGAACUUAAUGGUCUCAUAGAACAAUUGCAAAUAACAGAAUUUAUUAAUGUACAUACUAAACCGAAUAUAAGAGUACAAAGUGAUCAUGCAUCAGUAAUUGUUAAUGAACCAUUGAAGAAUGGUAUGAAUAUAGCAUUUAUUGUAUUAGAUCUUGAUCAUUUACAGACAGAUGGAUUUAGUUUGUCUCUAAUACGUGACAAGAACAUAAAUGAUCGAUCAUAUUGUACAACAUUGAAAAAUCUUCAUUUAAAAAUCGAUGAUGAAAUAAUGUUGAGUAUUCGAAAUGAUCAAGUAUUUUAUUCAAAAAAUAAUAACGAACCAUUGCCCAUUUUCAAAAUUCCAAGUAUAAGUAAAAAUAAUUAUCAUUUAUAUUUGGAUCUGGCUCAUCGAUUAACAGCCAUUGGUUUUCUAGAGGCUUCCUAUUGUCAUUCAAAUAUACCACAAAAUGGAAAUGUGUGUACAAAUGCAAGAAAUUGCAUCACAUGGCCAUGUCGGCAUAUGGAAAUGUGUUAUGAAUGUGGAAAAAUGUUAAUAAAUAAACCAUGUCCGGUUGAUGGAUGUCGUAAAAUAAUUCAAAGAAUCAUUCACAAUAUAACGUUCAGUAAAUCCAAUACAUGUGCUCGUCGUGAUAAAUUAAAUAAUAAUCUUAUAUUUACAAAUCGUCCUGUAAUGCCAAAUGAAAUUGUCCAAUUUUUAAUCGAAGAAACAGCAAAAGGUUUUUAUGGUACAAUUCGAAUUGGUUUGACUACAAUUGAUCCAGCAACAUAUACUCAAGAAACUCUACCCAAAACGAUAUCAAGUCAAGACAAUCAACAUCAAUGGUUUUUACCCUCACCUCGUUCACCACCAAAUAUUUUAGUUGACAGAGAAAUAAGACUUGUAUAUACGCCAGAAGGAGACAUAUACUUCGAUUAUUGUGGAAAUGGAUUUGUGAAACAGUUAUCAUUUACACCAGUAUCGAAAGAUUUAUGGUGUGUUAUCGAUUUGAAUGGACAAAUUGUUCAAAUGAGAUUAAUUCAAACAUUAUCAAUAGUAAUGUCGUCUCAUGUUGAUCGGGCUCUAGCACGUUUUCAACAAUUUUAUCAUUCUGAUGAAACGACCUAUUAUGGUAGUUAUGAUUUAUCACCCGGUCUUAUCGAAAUCAACAAUUGUGAUGUUAAUCAGAUUCAGAAUAAUAUAGCUGUUAAACAAAAAGAUACUACUCGUAAAUCAUCAAUGAAAAUUAAUGAAAAUUUACAACGUUGUAUGUGUCUUAUUAUUCAAAUAUUAGAUAUGGAUCAUACAAAAUCAUCUUAUUUUACGCUUCAUUGCCUUAUUGAUGGUCAAAUAGCACCAAAUCCAGAAUUAUCAAAAGAAAUUAACAGUGAAUUUACACAUUUAAGUAUUGGCGAUGAAAUUGGUAUACGGGUUAAACCAAAUGGUUGUAUUACAUUUUCAUCGAAUAAUCGCAAUAUAAAAGAUUUGUUUACAAUUGAUUUAACAGUGAAUGACAAUCCUCAAGUUGAAAAGACAUUAUACCAUUUACAAUUUGAUUUGGAUGCACGUAUCACAGCAUUACGUUUCAUUGGUUUAUAUCGUCCAACAGAAAAAGAAGCAAACACACCACCACCUCCUCUGGGCGGAGGAUGUACAGCAACAAUUCGUGUCGGUGUAUGUCCAGGUGGGAAGACUGGACUCUUAAUGCCAUGUAGACAUAAUAUUGUUUGUCAUGAUUGUGGAAUAACGAUGUAUGUUGUUAAACGUUAUCGAAGGUUAACUACUACUGAUGAAUGUAAUUCUUCUACUUGUAAUUGUUCACUUACUGAUAAUAUUACAUUAAAUAUAGCUUGUGAUCCGACUACACCAUUAACAACAUUACCAUCAAUGAUGAUAUCUGCUUUACAAUUAAAUAUAACUACUUUAAAGUUAUAUUCAUCGAUAAUUAAUACAAAUGGCCCAUUAAGUUCACUUCCAGAUAAUAUAUGUGAUUAUCCAAAUAUUCAAACUUUAAUUUUAGCUAAUAAUAGUAUUACUGGAAUACUAAAUACAUCAUCGAUGAGUUGUUUACAAAAUUUACUCAAUAUUGAUUUAUCCUAUAAUUUUAUUGAACAAUUAGAUAAUAAUUUGUUUAUAGCAAAUAGACAAUUAGUAACAAUGAAUUUUGCUCAUAAUUUAAUCAAUGUAAUGCCAACAAUUGAUGGUCCCUAUUUUGUUAAUUUUAUAUCCGAACUAACGUUAAUGGAUUUUAGUUUUAAUCAAAUACCAUCCGUCGAUCUGUGGCCAAUAUUUAUCUCUACAGGACAUUAUAUGGAAAUUAAUUUGAGUAAUAAUCAAAUUGCUAAUUAUAUAAAUACAGUGCCGAUUGAUAUGAUUCAAUUACCAAAUUUACCCGAUGCUCGCUAUGUUGAUUUAAGUAAUAAUCAGUUAACAUCUGUAUCAGACAUUUUAUUAGAAAUGUAUGGUGCUUGUGCUACACAAAGUAUGAGUAGUACAAUUUAUUUUAUACUUGGUUUAUCGGCUUUAGAACUAAGUGGAAAUAAUUUAACAUGUGAUUGUCAAUCGUAUAAUCUUCUUCAAGUUAUUGAUGAUCCACUUAAUCCUGGAAUAUUUCCACUCAUAAGUAAUGGUACAGCACCAUUAGCAAAAGCAAAAUGUAGUUAUCCAGUAGCAGCGAUCGGACAACUUUUUAUCAAUAAUACAUAUUCAACGAAAAAUUGUUCAAGUUUUACUUUAUCUACAGAUCAUUCACGAUUUUGUACAUUAUACAAUAACAGUGAUAUUUCAACAUCACCUGCACCGACCUAUUGGCCAUCAACAAUUGCAUCUACAACAGUAAUUAGUGGUGGAACAACAGGAGGUGUAGUUAACGGUUCAGCUACUUCAUCCACACAGUCGAACGGUAGUAAUGGUAAUACUGCUUUAACUGGAAGUUUAACUAAUAGCACAACAUCAUUGAUCGUCGGAGUUGUUCUGGGCUUGGCAUUUUUAAUUGUACUUGUAGUAUUCUUAAUUUUUUCAUGUUAUUGGAAAAAGUAUCGAUCAAAAUUAUCACCCAAUUAUAAAUUAGGAGAACGACAAGAAUUAAACGAUUUAGAACGAUCUGAUCAAUCGAUUAAACCAGUAAUAGUCACUAAUAGUGAUAUAUCGUCGCAGACAACGACUAUGUCACCUGAUAUUCAGAAUGAUGAAAUGAUAUCAAAUCAAAAACAACAAUUAGCAGAGGAUAAACGAAAACGUAUACAACGAAAUUCAAUUUCCACAUCAACAUGUGCAUUUGAUGAUGAUCUAGAUAAUGAAACUGAACAACAGCCACCAUUUGACGGUUCACACCCACCGCAUCUAAAAAUAUCUAGAAAUACUAAUAAUCAUUCAACGGAUCAUUUAUCCGAUCCCCAAUCACCCAUCUCAGAUCACCCUAUUGAUGACAAUUCCAGUGAAUUAUCCUCUCAGCAUCCGCAUGAAAAUCAAUCAACUCAAACUUGUAUUGAAAAUAUCGUACGUCGAAAUUCACUGAAUAAUACUUUUUCUCGAACGAAUAAUAAUAGUCAAUUAUCCUCGAAUAAAUCUGCUAAAUUAUCGAGACAUCCACAAUCGAUAGUUACUCAUAGUGGUACUAAUACUUCACCUUUCGUUAGAGGUAUUCCAAUAACUGCUCUGAAAUCGAAUGGUGCUAAUUCAUCAACUAAUGAUACUCCAACGAAAGUUGAAAUGAAAUUAAUUGGUGAUAAACCAUCACCUCGAGCAAUCUCAUUACCAGGUGUUGCAGGAAAAAUGUAUCUUGAUACAACACCAUUCCGUGGUAAACCUCAACGACGGUAUUCAUCAACAUUAAAACAACAAGAUUAUGAACAACAAGAAAAAGUAGAUAAUAAGAUAAGGCAGCGUGCACAAUCGGUACGAACUAUAAAGACGACGUCUAACAUAACAGAUAUAAAUACACUCGAUAAUAGCAAGACCCAUGUAGACAAUAUCGAAAAUUUAAGUACCAAAAAAUCGGCAAAAUCCAUACGUACAGUGCCAUUAUUAAAUAUAUCAGUUGUAUCAUCAAACGCUUGGGUUACACCACAUUCAACAGAGUCAAACAUCUGA